UCCCAAAGCGUCGUCAGCGGUAGUAUUGUCCACUUCGUCAAAGCUCCCAUCCCACUAUUUAUUCACUCUCUCUCUUCUCUCUCUCUUUACUUCCUUCUUAAUUGAAUUUCUCACAAACAGCUUUUGCAUCAUCUUAACGCAAAUCAUGACUAGUUCCUCCGCUACCGCUCGCAAGAAUCUGAGUAAGAUUGCCUGCAAUAGGCUUCAGAAAGAGCUUGUCGAGUGGCAGGUCAAUCCCCCAACUGGUUUCAAGCACAAAGUCACCGACAAUCUUCAAAGGUGGGUUAUUGAAGUCUCUGGAGCUCCUGGCACACUUUACGCUAAUGAGACCUACCAGCUUCAGGUUGAUUUUCCAGAGAAUUACCCCAUGGAAGCUCCACAGGUCAUAUUUUUGCAUCCUGCUCCACUGCAUCCUCAUAUUUACAGCAACGGCCAUAUUUGUUUAGAUAUAUUAUAUGAUUCAUGGUCCCCAGCUAUGACAGUUAGUUCCAUCUGCAUCAGCAUUCUCUCAAUGCUUUCAAGCUCAACUGUAAAGCAACGCCCGGAAGAUAAUGAUCGCUAUGUAAAGAACUGCAGAAACGGGAGAUCGCCGAGGAGACGAGGUGGUGGUUCCAUGAUGACAAAGUAUAGUAACUAGUUUUAUUUGCAAUAAGUCCACAAAGGUUAGGGUAGAGGAUUAUGCUUUUGAAAGAGUAAGAGGACGAUUGAGGGGAAGGAGUAUUUUGAGAAAGCAGGGUCCCUUCCUUCAAAUUAAAUGCAUAAUAACUCUCUCCUGUAAAUUGGCAUUACCUGUAACUUCUUCAAUGAGCAAACAAAACUCAUUAACAGUGUGGUUCUCAGAGGUAUUCGGAUGUGGAUAUAGAUUAUCUGAUUACCCCGAACUUUAGUGCUUUUCGUUCUUAAGCAAUACAGAUCCUAUAUAUCCCUCAAUUGAUAAUAUGCAUUACUGAUAUUUAUUUUGAAAACACCCCGACAUGUAUGCACUAUGUUACCAUAUUUGUCAUCAGGUAUAUGCAGGUGUGUGAUUUUUGUAUGUUGUAGCCCCAGUUGUUUCCUUUUGUGCAGAAGCAAAAGAAUGAUAAUGAAGAAUGAAGGCCGUAAUUGUGUUUAUAAUCUGCAUAUAUAUGUUCCAUAAUAUAUAUAAUUGAAUUUUGAUGCAGUUACACAUGCAUGCCGUUAUGUUAGCAAAAAUAAUUGUUUUUACAUUGAUUGGUGAUUGGUGAAUAGUCAUUCAAAAGAAUGGUUGUAAUUAGACGAUUGUGUAAAAUUUACUAUGUUAGUGCAUUAAAAUUA